GCUGGCAGGAAUGGAAGGGGUGUAUGCAGAGUGCUGAGAGGACUGAGGAGAGAGAAAGGGUGGGGAGGGAGAAGAGUGAAGAGGAAAGACUCAGGGAGGAGAAAGAUGGGUUGAAGGUUUUUGGUUUUUUUAAACAUCUUUAUUGGAGUAUAAUUGCUUUACAAUGGUGUGGGGUUGAAGUUUUGUGGAGAGAAAAAGACUAGAAGAUUAGGAGUCGUUUGCCACUCAGAGGAGGGGACAGAAAACUCCAAGCCUUGGCCGUUGCCUUGAAAGCAUGUGUGGGCAUGCCUGUGUGAGUGUGUGUGUGUGUGUGUGUGUGUGUGUGUGUGUGUGUGUGUGAGAGAGAGAGAGAGAGAGAGAGAGAGAGAGUGUUUCAGUACGUACUUCAGAUGUUGCUCUGUUGAUUGUUGCUGGGAGUCAGUCCACACAGUUCAGAGUGUGUGAGUGUGCAUUCGAGAGCACUAGGAGGUGUUUGUGUGUGUGUGUCUGAAUAUACAGCUUGGGCAGAUGUGCGUGCCUCGAGCAUGCACGGUGUGUACGACAGUAUCAGCAGGUGCAGGGUAGGAAGCGCCUGUGCACUGCCAUGGUGGAGGGCACACAGUUCUGGGAGGCCACUUGCCCCACCCCCAGACCUCUCUCUCCUUCAGGUCAGGAGGGGCGUUGCCCAUGGCUGGCGUUGCCAGGAGGAGCCCCGAGGUGGCUGGGGCUGUGAGGACGGAGCGCCAGGCAGCAGGGGGGCAGCAGGCGCUGGAGGAGGCGGACUGGCUGCGUGUGGGGUAGGCGGGCGGGCAGAAGGAGGCCUUUAAAGCACCUGCCCCGCCCACAGGUGAGCAGUGCUGUGUGAGAGCCAGCUCCGUCUCCCCGCCUGCCCACUCAGUGGCAGUUCCCCGGAGCUGCAGUUCCCUCUGGAGCCUCAGCAGAUCCCUCUUUCAGAACUCACUACCAAGAACCCUGAACAGGAGCCACCAUGCAGUGCUUCAGCUUCAUUAAGACCAUGAUGAUCCUCUUCAAUAUGCUCAUCUUUCUGUGUGGUGUGGCCCUGUUGGCAGUGGGCAUCUGGGUGUCAGUCGACGGAACAUCCUUCAUGAAGAUCUUCGGGCCACUAUCAUCCAGUGCCAUGCAGUUUGUCAACGUGGGCUACUUCCUCAUCGCAGCUGGCGCUGUGCUCCUCACUCUUGGUUUCCUGGGCUGCUAUGGUGCUCAGGCUGAGAACAAGUGUGCCCUCAUGAUGUUCUUCUUCAUCCUCCUCGUCAUCUUCAUUGCUGAGGUUGCAGCUGCCGUGGUUGCCUUGGUGUACACCACAAUGGCUGAGAACUUCCUGACGUUGAUGGUAGUGCCCACCAUCAAGAAAGAGUACGGUUCCCAAAAAGACUUCACCCAAGUGUGGAACUCCACCAUGGAAGGGCUCAAGUGCUGUGGCUUCACCAACUACACAGAUUUUGAGGACUCUCCCUAUGUAAAAGAGAACAACGUCUUUCCCCCAUACUGUUGCUUUGGCCGUGACAAUGGCACAUUUGUGGAACCCUGCACUAGUGUCGAGGCCCAGAACCAGAAAGUAGAGGGUUGCUUCAAUCAGCUUCUGUAUGACAUCAGAACCAAUGCAGUUACCGUGGGUGGUGUGGCAGCUGGAAUUGGGGGCUUAGAGCUGGCUGCCAUGAUUGUGUCCAUGUAUCUGUACUGCAAUCUGAAAUAAGUCGGCUUCUGCCUCCACCACUGCUGCUGCCAUACAGGAACUGGGAAGGGGCACCCCAGCACUGCCAAGAGGCAGUGAUCAGCGUGGAGACAGGAUCUAACAGUGUCACUUGGGCUGGAGUGGGCCUGGGGCCAAAUAGGCAGCACCCCCUUGAACCUGUGUGCCAGACUUGUCCUUCCAUUGGUGAUGUCGGGGUCCACCUAUUUCAGAGCCUCUAAGGUAGCCAAUCCUCUUGCCCAUUCCUCCAGUCUGUUUCUUAAACCCUUGAUACCCUCUCAGGCCAGGGGGGUGGGGUGCUCUUGGUGAUCCCAGUACUCCACAGGGGGGAUUAAAGGCACUGCACCGAUAACACGAGCAUAUGCAAAAUCAGCAGUCACCAGGCAGAUGUGUAGAAAGCACUUCAGAACUCAAAAACCCAUUAAAAUGUUUCCAUUUGGA